AUGCCAAUAGAAAGUGGAAGUUGUGCAUCUGCUCGCCAAGCAAAGCAGAAACGUAAAUCACACAGUCUUUCAAUCCGAAGAACCAACAGUUCUGAGCAAGAACGAGCAGGACUGCAGAGAGACAUGUUGGAAGGGCAGGAUUCUAAACUACCAUCUUCUGUCCGGAAUACACUCCUUGAACUUUUUGGACAAAUAGAGCGGGAGUUUGAAAACCUGUAUAUUGAGAAUUUGGAAUUACGCAGAGAGAUUGAUACACUGAAUGAGCGUUUAGCAGCUGAAGGACAGACAAUCGAUGGUGCUGAACUGAGCAAAGGACAACUGAAAACAAAAGCCAGUCAUAGUACCAGUCAGCUUUCUCAGAAAUUAAAAACAACUUACAAGGCAUCUACUAGCAAGAUUGUAUCCAGUUUUAAAACUACAACAUCAAGGGCAAUCUGUCAACUGGUAAAGGAAUAUGUUGGCCACAGGGAUGGUAUUUGGGAUGUCAGUGUCGCGAAAACUCAACCAGUGGUGUUGGGAACUGCAUCUGCUGAUCACACUGCUUUGCUGUGGAGCAUAGAAACAGGGAAGUGCCUUGUCAAGUAUGUAGGUCAUGUUGGAUCAGUAAAUUCCAUAAAGUUUCAUCCAACUGAGCAAGUGGCUCUUACAG